AUGAUGAGGGUAACCGCGGAUCAAGGUCCUAACAAGGCCUCUCAAGCAGCGGUGACCGACCGUGUCACCAGCAACGUCCGUUGCCGCGACAAGGCGUCUCUCACGAGCAACCCAGGUUGCGAACUACCGCUAUUCGGGGUGCCCCGCCACGCGGGCCCCACGGCCCGCCCGUGGCUGCCUCGGUCCGGCCCGCUCAGUCGCCGUCGGUGCCGCCAGGCCCGGCGCGGCUCACCUCCGCAGCCACCACCCAGACCUACAUGGACUCAGCGGCAACGCUCACUCAUGCCCACGCAGAUGGUACAACUCACAGCGGAGGUUAUGAAGUCUCAACAGCACGAGGCAUUGUAUGCCUGUGCUGCGGACAAGAUAACUCACGGUGAUUCUGCGGACAACAAGAUAAAUCACGGUGAUUCUGCGGACAACAAGAUAACUCACGGUGAUUCUGCGGACAACAAGAUAAAUCACGGUGAUUCUGCGGACAACAAGAUAACUCACGGUGAUUCUGCGGACGGCACAAGACGCGUCGUCACCAUCAACCUGUAUAAUAUCAUAUCAUAUCAUAUCGCAUUUGUAUUGCUAGUUCAUGUGCCCAGCACGAACGCUGCGUUCAGGCAGGCGCAGAGCGCGUCGAAGCCGCUGGCUUUCUUCUCGCGAAGGUUGCUUUUGCCAUCGCCCUCCGCAGCCGGUUCAGUCGCGUUGACGGGCGCCUCGAGACCCUCCUUGCUUUUAUUGGACGCAGCGGACGCUGAGGGGUUACCUUCUUCCUUGCUGGCAGGAACAUCACCACUUGGAGCGGCGGUUACAACACUUGGCGCUGUCGUGACCUUGAGGGCACUGGGCGUUUUGUCCACACUCAUUCUACUUCCAGGCUGUUCGGCACUCAGCGCUGCAGCUUUCUCCAAGCCACUUGACGUGGUCGAAGGCAUGUCAACAGUUGGCUCCGCGGUCGCCAUAUUCUCAGUGGCCAGCUUAUCGGUAGGAUACUGUUCACCGGCUGCCUCACGUACAUCCGUGGAAGCAUCACCUUCGACGCCUGGUACGGCGGUCUCCGCACUGCUUGCACUAGCAUCACCGGCACCCGGCGAAAUGGCAUCUUCGGCUGACCCCGCUGGUGGCGUGGUAGCUCCACGUGACUCUUCACUACUUCCCGAAUCACCGCCGGCGAGGCUAAUCAGUCGGUCUGCAACGUGGCUCAUCAUUUCGCGUCUGUAA